AUGCUGUGGAAGACGCGGAUGAAUGAUGUUCCGAACGCGCUUGAAUCCACAGAAUUCGAAGACUGGCUGUGGAAGAGAGAGAAGUCGCCACGCUUGGGGGCAAGGGUAGGUCUUCGCAACCGCGAGAUCUUCCCUGCCUUCAAUGGCCUUCCAGACGAACGAUAUGUAGAUCUGGGCUUUUAUAGGGGGGACCUCGGCCAACCAAAUCGCCAUUGGUGCUUUCUAGCGGAGAUUGUGGAUUUCGAUUUUUUUACCCGUCUACACAUGGAGAUACGCGAUAUCGACGGGAGGAAGGUUCCUCUAUUUUUCUAUACCGAUGGUCGAGGGAGCGAGUUAGAGAGUGCAAAAAUCCAAAGUGGCUACACGGUAGCUAUUCUCUACGCACAACAGCACGCUUUCAUGUUUGACGAGCCAGGAAUUCGUCAUGAAGACCCGGCAAGGUUGAAGACCUGUCAGGCUCAUGGCUGGAACGAGAAACUCCACAAGAAAAGUUGCAAACUUCUCCAAGAUCCCGAUUUGAGAGGCAUAUUUAUCCUCGACUGGGGCCAGUUCGACAAACAUAUUAGCUUUCCUUUCUCUGUCAACACUGUUGAAUUUGCAGCAAGCACUAGAAAUGUGGAAGAGGCUCCGAAUGUGAGCAAGGCUGUCAUCCAAGCGUCUGACAAACCAUACGCUAUCAGAUCAAUAGCUGGAAAAGGAAAGGGACUAGUUGCGACAGAAAGGAUAGUCAAGGGCACACGUCUACUAUCAGAAGCUCCAGUUUUCAGAGUACCUCGAGGCAAUCCCAGCAUUCAAGCCCUGGAAAGUAUCGUCAAAAAUGAAGUAAAUCGCCUCACUGCUGACCAAAAAGCCGCUUUCUUCGACCUCACCAACAUCUAUGGUGAUGCUCAUAGCCACUCUCUCGGCAUUGCUCGAACCAACGUUCUUCCUCUGGUAGGCUCAGACGAUGUAUCUGGUGGCUUGUUUCUCGACGCGUCCCGAAUCAAUCAUUCCUGCAACCACAAUGCCCAGAAUACUUGGAAUGAGAAUAUCGGCGAGCUCACCGUGCACGCGCUCCGGGAUAUCAAUGCAGGGCAAGAAAUAACCAUUUCAUACCUUGCUAGUACGCCCGAAUUCGCAGAGCGGCAGUGCCAGCUGAAAGAAACAUUCAAGUUUAUAUGCAGAUGCGAACUCUGUUCACUGCCACUUGCUAAACGUAAAUUGAGCGACGAGCGGCUCAUGAAGAUUCAAGCCAUUGACAGGUCAAUUGGGGAAGCCUUAUUGGAUGGUGAGGAGCCAGGGGUGGCGCUGAAUCUCCUGCACAUGAUGUUUGAUCUCUUUGAGGAGGAAGGCAUUUGGGAUGGUAGAAUUGCUCGAGCUUACAAGGACGCAUUCGAUAUUGCCAUGGAAAAUGAUGAUGCGCCUAGAGCGCGGACUUUUGCGACAAGGGCGUACGAGGCGCGGCGUUUGAUUGAGGGGGAGGACAACCCUACGACGAUAAAGAUGAAGCGUGCCGCCAACCAGCUUUCCGCACAGCCACCAGAGGGAAUGGAUAAAGCUGAGUUUGAGUAUUGGCUUUGGAUGGGGGAAGAUUUGGCUUCGUCCGAGGACAGCGUUGAAUGA